AUGCCACCCAAGGUCCCAAAUUCCAUUCCAGAUCCCAAAUCCAGCCCCACAUCCCAAAUCCAGGCCCAAAUCCCAAUCCCAGAGCCCCAAAUCCCACCUCAGAUCCCAAUCCCUUUCCAGAUCCCAGAGCCCAAAUCCCACCCCAAAUCCAUCCCAAAUGCCACCCAAGGGAUUUUUGGGAAUGUCUGA